GUUCUCUGUUAUAUACUAUGAUAGGAAAUUAAUUUUGGGGGAAUGUAUGUUUCAUUUUAUUGGGUGAGGACAUAUGAAACACGUGUCUGGUCUCUAAUGUGUAAAGUGCAUAUUCCUGUCAGUAAAAUAUAAUACUCCUUGUUAGUUCAUGAUUGUAUUUUUAAAAACUACAAAAUUACUCAAGGCGCAAGGCGCUCUGGUGACGUCAUAUCAAAUGGUCCUUGUUCUGUAAAGCGCGGAUUUUGAAAGCAGGAGUUUCCCUUUAGUACAGUAGGCAGUUCUUGUCGAAGUUAUAUUACAUAAUUUGACAUGGCAGGGUUACACAUAUAAACUGCGUGUGUGUGUUAAGUGUGUUUCUUUGUAUUUGUACAUGUUUUGGUUUUCGAGGCUAAUAGUGACGCCAUCAAGCCGCGAUGUUUGUAACAUUAGCUAACGUUAACUGCAACUUCACGGGUGAAGAAGCCUCCUGAAAAUGCAAUAAGUUGUGUAUGACUCAUUGCUUGUAAGAUAAGCCUACUGUUGGGCGAACUCGGAUAGUUUUUUUCAGUAAUGUUAAACGCAUUUAGUUUAGUUUAGUUAUUGCUAAUACUAGCAAGACAACUUUAGCCAACAAGCUAACAUGAGAGAGUGACAGAAGACGGCUAACUACUCGACCAACUAACUGCUUUAAUUACACAUCUGUGAUGGAGGACAACUCAUCUUCUUCUUCAGUGGUGAGUGGUGUCACUCAAGCGUCUUUCCUCCAGAAGACUUUGGAGCGGUUAUCAUCUACACAGAACUUGAAACUGAAAACUGAGGAGGCAGGUCCUGUCGCUGUCAUCGCACUUCAGAGAUACCUAUCCGAGCAAACCGAAGGGCAGCAGCUCGACAGCUACAGCUACGAUGUGACAGUCACAGAUGGAGUCUGGCGAGCUAAAUGCUUCCUUCACCCCAGUUUGAAUCAUCUGGUGCACAGCAACAGCCUAAAGACCGGGUCUGACAUCAGCAUCACGCAGUGCUCCUUUGUUUACAACGAAAGGAGGCUGGGACAUGGCUACAUCUGCAUUGAACAGCUCAGAUGUGCUGCAAAAAGAUCUGCUGUGCUGGCUCGUGUAAACACUGUCAGUUCACUGCCCAUGCUGGUCAAGCAGGGAAUGGAGAGGAGCGUGGUCCUGCAAAGUGAUGUCCCCCUUCAGGUGAGCCGCAAACAUUACCUGUCACUGUGGAACAACGACGACCCAGAGGGCGACAUCUGGAUGUCAGGAUCCCCUUCAGCUGAUACUGUGCUGGACGUGUCCAAGGUUACACUUCUUUCUAGCCUGGACUCAUCCUUCAAAAACACGUGGAAGCCCCUCCCUCUCCUGGUGAAAAUCAUACACAAAUCCAGGUUAAGGUAUUAUGGAAAGUUUGGCCUCAAGAUUGAUUACCCAUACCAGGCAUACUUUGAAGUUGCUGACCAGAGUGGCACAAUGUCCCUUGUGCUUUGGAACGAACUUUGUCCCGAGUUUUACCAGCGACUGAAUGUUGGCACAGUGUUGUACCUCCAAAAUUACACUCUGAAACAGAGUUAUUCAAACCGGUCACGCCCCCAAAUGGACCACCACAGAAUGAAGACCUUUAACUCUGUCGAAAUCUGCCUGAACCCUCGCAACCCAGCUUCAGUCAUCACCGUGGUCUCACCAAAGAGCAUACUUCCUCAAUGGGGACUGCCUGACAUUUCCUACCAGUUCACUGCUCGGUCAGAGUUGGAGAAGCUGGCCAACAAUUCAGCAUGUGACAUAAUUGGUUUGGUGACAUUUGUUGGCCGUGUUGAAAGAGUGAAGAGUAAAGGGAAAGGUCCAGAAAAGUUCUGGACGUAUCGCUGGGUGCAUGCAGUGGAUGGAACAUCUGACCAUCCUUUUAUUCUGGAGCUUUUUUCCACUUCUCAAGCAGAAAUCUUCAGUCAUAUUUGUCCGAUGACCUACCUGGUUUGCACUCAGAUGAGGGUUUGUCAUGUGGAAGGCUCGUUGCCGUACCUCACAAGCAGCUGUGAGACUGAGACGUUCAUCACAGGUUACCAUAAAGGUCAGCCGUAUGUGAAUGACCCCAGAGUGAAGAGCUUCAUCCAGUGGACCAAGACUCUGAAGGACAAUGUUGUCCUCCAGAAAACAGCUGUUGGUGGCUAUUACCGCUACCCUCGCCCCCCAGCGAUGUUUACACAGUCAAUGGCUGAUGCUCAAGUUCCUCUGGUCGCUGCAGCUGAUUUGAAGAGAGAGUUAGAAACCCUGCAGUACAGAGAACACAAGAAACUCGCAAUCCAAGGUCAGAUCGCAGUAGUGCAGUACAUGGAAACCCCAAAGACUCCAGAGCCACAAGGACUAAAAGACAAAGAGGUGCCCAGUGCUUCCACUGAUGUGUGUGAUCAAACUGUGACGUACCCCAGUCAUUCCUCAACAGCAAAGCAGACUUUAGUGGAGAGUUCAACGUCUCACUGUAUUGACAGCAGCUCCGAGAGCAGAAGGAAAAGAAGAAUUCAAAUGAGUAAAACCACACAAUCCUCCUUGAAUUGCGGUAACAUUCCAGCUAAAAGGAACGCUGGACGUAAAAAUACAGACGAGGGUGAAGAGCAGGCGGAAGAAGAGAGCAACUCUGCAUUUGAGGAAGUUCAACAAGUGGGACUCAGUCUGGAAGGUGAAAAUCCACAUUCAGACUCUAACGAUUUAUCAUGGGAAAGCAGCAGCUGGGCGAAGCAACAACAAGAAGUGUCCGAGCAUUUGUGUCAAGGCGGUCUGUGGCAGGACAGCAUCUGUCGGAGGUUCACGCUUGAUGAGAAGAACGUCCUGCUGCAGUGGAGUAACCUUCAGCCAACACGGUGGACACCACUGCGGACUGCUGACGCUCUCUCUCCUGUGCUUUGUCCAGGAUACUACCAUGUAACAAUAUUAGGCAUUAACAAGCAGAUAGCUGUUGAUGCUGUGUAUAUUCCUGUUGUUAGCUCCAGCGAGCCACAGGCUGUGGGCCUUCCUCAGGAUCCACAUGGCAACACCAUGCUGUCCUGCCUUUCAUCUGGUUUCCUCUGUCCUCUCAGCAACACUGCCAACAACAGUGAAGAGACUCUUUCCAGUCCAGAGGAAAUCUUGGCAACUGCCAGUGAGCUUGAAGACACACAUGUCGUGUGCAUCCUUGACCUUUGUCACCUGGGGGGAGAUAAGGUGGAAGUCAUGAUCAGCAAGGUGUACAGGUUGACGGAGGUUUCUCUUGACUAGAAGGUACACGAGAGCAAGCGCGGCAUGUAAAUAUCAGCAUUAAUCAUGUAACUUAACAGUUAUUUAAAAUAGAAGGAGCAAUAGAAAGAGAUUCCCUGUUAUAUGUACAUUGAAUGUUAAAUAAUUUAUAACAUUUUUUUAAAUUACUUUAAGUGUAUAUUUUUACCAUUAAAACAUUUCCACAGGGAACAACUUUGUGGUGUGAAAAUGAAAAUGUGGCUUUAUUUUAUUUUUUAAUUUUUUUUGCACCAAGAACUCAAAGCUGAUGAGAAAUAUCCCUCCUGAUGGAUAACUUUCUAAGUAAAACUCAGAAUAACAUGCAUAUGUUUAAAAAUAUUUAUUUUGAAAUAUUUCACAAUAAUCAGGUUGAUUUAUUUUUUAUAAAUAUUUCAGUAUCAUUAUUAAUAUCAAGAUAUUUUCGAAUGUAAACGCAAUUUUCAAAUUUCUUUUAAAACAAUGUUAACAGUAUCUUUUAAAGCUUAUUUUGAUGGUAAAUACAGAAAGAAAACGAGCCAUACAAGUGACUGUGCAACACCAACUCGAACGCAAAAUAAGCCUCACCUCCUCUAAUAAGACACUUCAUCUGUUACAAAAUUACUUUAAUUUUAAAAUCAUGUAACAUACAUAUGUAAUCUAUUAGACAUAUAAAAUAAACAACUAUGUAGCCUAAAGUUUUGUUUUUUGUUUUUGCUUUUUUACAUUCUAUUAUACAAUAUAUUCAAUGUUAGUUUCUGCACUGAAACUGCAGAAAUGGCUGAAUACCAGGUUUAUUUUGUUCAUGUCCUGGCAAAUCUCACACAGAAAGCAUUGACCUGACUGCCCACUCUCACACUGAGGGUGUCAGUCAUUAUUUUACAGAUCAGAAAAAAAAGGAAAUUACAAGUUAAAUGUGAUUAAAUUCACAUACCUUCAAAAACAGUGACACUCAAUGACAACCUCCAGGAGGAAGAAGAGCAUUGUGAAAGGUGCAGACAUCAAAAUAAAAGGUAACUACUGUUGGGGAAAGCAUUAAAACUUGACUACAAAGAACAACAGUACUGACUGAGUGGAUGGAUUAUUUACAACUUCAACGAAGCAAUACACACCUACAAGGAAAAGAAAAAAAACAAA